GAAGAUACGGUUUUUUUGCUGCUUCCCACUUCCAUUCCAUUUCUGUUAUUACAGUGUUUUCUGAUCUAUAUGAAAUGUAGAUAUAUAAUGAAGAAUGUUUCUAAGGAUUGUUAUGAGACUAAACUCUUUCAUUUUGAAUACUCAACACCGAACAUAAUAAACACAUCUGAUAGUUGUGAAGAUGAGUGUAUUCAUUUCUCCCCCCUCUUUUCACAUCGGUUUCCUAAAAGUGUUAGAUCAGUCAGUUUCACUUUCCUGUCUAGUGCAUUUCUGUUGAUACAGGACAACUUCAGAUCACCUUUGGCUGUAAUUAAAUAAAAAUGAGGUUUUUUCAAUGAAUAGUUUUAUGAUAACUGUAGGAUUUUCUUUGCAGGCAUCUGCUAUACUUUAUUCAAGUUUCUUCUGAUGGAGGAAUUGUUGGUUGCUAGAAGCAUACCAUUUAAGGGCCUGCAGAAAUGAUAGUCUUAAAAUUCAUUUAGGAGGCUAGAAUAUACAGGGGUAUGUUUCAGAUGUGUGGAUAUGGAAAGUUGGGAAGCCUCCCUCACACGUUGGAUGGCUUGUAGAAAACAAACCACAAGCUUGCACUUGCUCCUAGACUAACCUAAGGCUAAGUUCAUAGCUUUAAAUAAGAUUCACAUAUUUUUAUGGCAAAGAAGAGCCACACAUCCAGGUACCCCUAAAGUUUUGGAACUUCCCACCCCAACAGUAUGUAUGAGUGGCAGACAAGGAAGGUCUUUGAACACUUUCCUCAUGUACAGCAUGCUGGCCAAUUUUGAUAAAAAUACCUGUUUCCUUGACUCACCUCCUAAGUCCAUCUUUGUUUUUCUGAGCUAACUAUUUUAGUCAAAAUUUUGUUUGUGAUUGCAUAAGGAGUAGGAUCUCUGCUUCUGUAAAUAUUUUGAGGGGUUGGGGGAAAGAGAAAUGUAUAUGGAAAGGUGUGCAUGCUUCAUAUGCUGUUAAUGUUUGUGUAGCCAAAUUCAAGGUGGAGUAUCUUGUUUCAGUUUGUCUGCAUACCUGGAUAGUGAUAAAAGUGAGUUUGCCACCUCAACUCUGUGACAUUGUCUCUUAAAAAAAUAAAUACCCCAUAUAGUAGAUAUAGUGGGGUUCUCUUUCCCUUGUCUUCUACUGGAUACAUCCUAGUUCAUUUUAGCCUUUGGUGGUGCUGGAAGUAUUGGUUUUUCCUGGUAGGGGACUGCAUGAUUGUAUCUUCACUUCCUUUCUGCAGUAUACUGUUAAAUGAAUCAAACAAAUGACAUUAAUAUAGCUUUUUCACCUCUUGUGACAUAUCUCUUGGGAAGUUUAGAGCUGUACUUAGUUGGUGUUUAUAGCACAGCUGUCAUUUUGAAGUCAGCUUUAUUUAAUCACUUUUAUAACUGUACAUUUGACAUUCCGAUCAUUUUUCGGAAAAGGGAAUUGUUUGAGUACAGUUUGGUGUUUAUUAUGCUGUAAGGGUCUGGUACUUAAGCUGUUACUGAGUUUAAUUGGGCAGGCUUCUCCUGAUGUAUGUUGACAAAACAAGUUUUCUGACUGAUAGUAUGAGUUUAUUUCCAUUAACACUUCACCUGUUUGAAAUUAUGAAGACAGGUUGUUAGAAUAGAGAGAGUACAAAAUAUAGUGAUUAAUGAACAGGGAAAGCAUAAGCAAUACACUUUCUCAUUUAAUCCUUCAGGAACAAGGUAAUCAGCUGAAGAGGAAGUCUGGGAGCAGUGCAAUAAUUCAGGAAAUGAGAUGUUUCAAAACAAAACAAUCUUGUUAAAAUUAUACAAAAAUGGGUAUUUUGGCUUUACCAAAAGGUGGAAAUUAAAGGGACCUUGAAGGAAGACUUCCUUGCACAUCCUAGGGCAGCAUCUUGCUUAGUUAAUUAUAUGCACCAUGAAUGAACCAACUUCUAGUGGAAGUGGGCAAGACUUUGAUGUAUUUAGUGUAAUGGACUGGAAGGACGGAAUUGGUACCUUGCCUGGAAGUGAUCUGAAGUUUCGUGUGAAUGAGUUUGGUGCCCUAGAAGUAAUCACCGAUGAAACAGAGAUGGAAAGUGUUAAGAAGGCUACAGCUACCACAACCUGGAUGGUGCCAACUGCUCAAGAAGCCUUCUCAGAAAAUACAGAAGUACCACAAAAACUGAAGGAAGCUAGCAAGGUUGACGGGCCUCAUUUCUGUGAACAUUGUUUUCAUUCUGGAACCACAGUGGACUUUGUAGCUGGAGAAAGAUCUUGCAGCCAAAAAUGUGCACAUCAGAUUAAAAACAAAGAGCAAAGGGAGGACAACAAUGUAUCGGAAGUCAAUGAUGAGGACUGUUCCAAGGGCACUCAAAAAAGAAAAACCAAAUCGCCCUCAAAAGGAGAAUGUAUGGAAGACAAUGUCAAGAAGUAUGAGGCAAUGGAGGAGAAACCUGAAGGGAGGAUACUAAGAGUCUCUCAGAGAGCCACACGGAAAAGGAAAAGAGAGAUGGCAGUUCUAAAACAGACUUUGAUGUCAAAGGCAAAGAAAACAUGGAGUUGGUCUUCGUAUUUGGAAGAAGAAAAGGCUAUAGCAGCACCACCUAAGAUCUUUAAAGAGUAUCAAUCCUUCCCAUACAACAAAAAUGGAUUCAAAGUUGGAAUGAAACUAGAAGGAGUGGACCCUGAGCACCAGUCAAUGUACUGUGUGCUUACAGUAGCUGAGACUUGUGGUUACAGAAUUAGACUUCACUUUGAUGAAUACCCAGAGUGUUACGAUUUUUGGCGGAAUGCUGAUUCUUCUGAUAUUCACCCAGUUGGUUGGUGCGAGAAAACAGGACACAAACUUCAUCCACCGAAAGGAUAUAAAGAAGAUGAAUUUAAUUGGCCCUCGUAUCUGAAGAAAUGUAAGGCUCAAGCUGCUCCUAAAUCCUUGUUUGAAAACCAAAACGCAACAGUGAUUCCAUCAGGGUUUCGAGUGGGGAUGAAGCUUGAAGCAGUAGACAAAAAGAACCCUGCAUUCAUUUGUGUUGCUACAGUAACUGACAUUGUGGACAGUCGUUUUCUGGUUCAUUUUGACAACUGGGAUGAGAGUUAUGACUACUGGUGUGAAGCGGCUAGUCCACAUAUUCAUCCAGUUGGCUGGUGUAAAGAGCACAGAAAGACCCUUGUAACCCCUCGAGACUAUCCACAUGCCAAGCAUUUUUCUUGGGAGAAAUAUUUGGAAGAAACUAGUUCUUUACCAGCACCUGCCAGGGCUUUUAAAGUGAACUCUCAGCUGGAUCAAAGAGCUUUUCAGCAGUGGAAGGAGACAAUUGCAUACAACACAAAGUCAUUAACAAAGAAACCUUCUCAUGGAUUCCAGAAGAAUAUGAAACUUGAAGUAGUUGACAAGAGGAAUCCUGUCCUUAUCAGGGUAGCAACCGUGGUAGAUACUGAUGACCACAGAAUUAAAGUCCACUUCGAUGGCUGGGAUAGUAUUUAUGAUUAUUGGAUCGAUGCAGAUAGCCCUGAUAUCCAUCCUGCUGGCUGGUGUGGGAAAACUGGACAUCCUCUUCAGCCCCCACUUAGUCCUUUGGAAUUGGUAGAAGCUUUAGAACAAGGAGGAUGUCCUACAGCGGGCUGCAAAGGAGUUGGACACAUAAAAAGAGCCAGACAUACGGGCCACCACAGUGCUCUCAGCUGCCCAUAUUCUGAGAUAAAUCUGAGCAAAGAACAUAUCCUUUCAGACCGCUUAAGUGGAGAGAUGCCUCAGAGUAUUCCGCCUCUGCAUUGGAACCGGAAGCCAGAAGCAAAUGAAAGAUCUGCAUCUCCUGUAAUCAGUAAUAGAAAAUGUCCCAGUCCCAUUGUCCUAAAAUCUUCAGCUCAUCUCCAUUCAUCAAAGCAGGAAGACACAGAGGUGAAACCUCUUUGCAAAAAGCCUCUAAUGUUUGAUGUCAAAGAAAAGAACUACAGGGGAUGCCAGGCAACUAAGGAUUUUGCAAAGAAAGAUGGCUGCGCAGGCAGGAAGAUGGAAAAUGAAGAGUCAUCUCUAAAUGAAUCCAAAGAUACCAAGGAAUCCAAUAACAGGAGUUCCCAUCCUCAGCCAGUUAUUUUGACCUCGAAGUUGACAAUCCCAGCCUUUCCAUUGCGAUGGGAACAGCAGAGUAAGCUCCUUCCUACUGUGGCUGGAAUCCCUGCCAGUAAAGUUUCCAAGUGGAGCACAGAUGAGGUGUCAGAAUUCAUACGGAGUUUGCCAGGCUGUGAGGAACAUGGCAAGGUGUUCAAAGACGAACAAAUUGAUGGAGAAGCUUUCCUUCUAAUGACCCAAACAGAUAUAGUAAAAAUAAUGAGCAUUAAGCUAGGACCAGCCCUAAAGAUCUUCAACUCAAUCCUGAUGUUCAAGGCUGCCGAUAAGAACUCGCACAAUGAACUCUGAUGGAAAAGUGACUACAGGGCAGCUCUCUCCAUUGCAGCUCAUGUUUUAUUCAAAGCACAAAGACUCCAAAGGAUCAUCAAGGAGGAACUCUCCAAGGCGAAAAGUCAGAGUGGAUGGAGUGUUGAUUUUCUCCAAGAGCCUGAGCAAACUAACACUUCUGGGAAGUGCUUAAGCUUUUUAGUAAGAUGCUCUUACAAAAGAGUGGGUACUUAAUGUUUACUGGCUGAUGGCUCUGAUUUUCCCACAACUAGCCAUCCUUAAUUUUAUCGGGGAUCCAUCAACUAAGUUAACAUAUUAAAAUUAUGGAAAUAUUAUCCUUUUCUAAGGAGACACAAAAUACACACUUCAUGAAUUUACUUCUUCACCAAUGAAUUCCUUUGUAUCGUUUCAUCAUUUUCAUUAAAAAAAAAAUUGUUCGCAGUUUAAAAUAAGUGGACUACAGUUAAUGAAGACUGUUAACAAGUCGUCUUAGUUUCACACAGCAGCUCAAAUUUAAUACUUUGCUGUGUACAGUGAAGCUGAUUGAUUUAUUCUGUUGUAUGAAAACAUUGCUGGAGACCAAUGCUAUGUUUUUUUGUUUUUGUUUUUUUGCAUGAUUAAAGAAGUUUAAUAAAUAUU